CUCUGUCGGUCCAUCAUAUCCAGCCUUUUGAGACCCAAGUGCCUCCUGUGUUAGGAGUGAGUAGAAAUGCCAGCACAGGAAGGCUGUCUCCUUGCUCUGGGUUCCCAUGCUGUUCCUUCCCCUUGUUGAUCAGCAGGGAAAGGCUGAAUGCCCCAGGCUGCCCUGGCACUGUGCCUGCAUCUUCUCACUGCGGGACAGAAAACAAAUGCACACAAGCCCACUUUGGAAAUUAACUGAUGAAAACCCCAAAUAACAUUGACUCUCACUGAUAAAAUAAUGCAACCUGUGUUGUAAUGCAUAGGUUUUAGAGAACACUAAGAAGCAUUGUUAUUUUCCCAUGUGUUUGUUUACUUUUCUUACAGGGAGUAUUUAUUUUUCAGCCAGUUGCAAUGUAGCUGAUGGUGAAUGGACAAUAAGGAAGGAGCCACAACAUUUUAGCUGCAAUAUAGUAGCACCUAGUGACCAGAUGGGAAUGAAUUAGCAUGGUCUGCUUGAGCACAAGUGUAAUGGGCAUCAAUAGGUGAGAAUAAGAUGCUGAUUUCAGCAGGUAUAUGGCUAAAUGCAUCAGAGGUAGCUGCCAUCACAGAGGAGGUGUUCAUCCCCACAUCUGUCCUUCCCUACUUUCCAGGCUCUGUUCUCCCAGGACUCUGAGCAAAGAAAAAAGCACAAAGGCUGAGGCACAGAGGGUUGCAGAACCAUUCCUGCUGUCCUGGAAUGGAUAAGAAACAAAGGCAGAGAUUUGGGCAACAAGGGGAGUCCUUGAAGGAUUGUUUUAAGAUAAAGGAGUGGGGAAGGAAAAGCCCCACAAAGGGGCUGUCCCCAGCCCUGUGCCUCCAGGCAGGAAGCCCAGGCAUUUUGCAUAGUCUCCUCCCCACCCAGAUGAUUUCUAGUCCAUCCUUCCGUCCGUUUGUGAUGCUGAGGGACAGGAAACCCACCUCCACACCUCCCACACAGGUAUCACCUUUGCCUCCAUAGCAAGAUGCCUUCUAGCACUUCCCUUGUGUCUUUGCUAGGAAUUAAUGAUGACGACCCGGGUGUCAGUCAGAGUUGCAGUGACUUUACAUAACCAGGUUUAGGGCUGGGACAUUCGGCAGGGAGAGUCCGUGGUGCUUUGUGACCUGAGGACAUUUUCCCUUUUCUCUUUGCCUGGCAGGUCUUCAUGAGGGGCAGCUCUGGAGCCCAGAGAGAAACACAGUGCACAGGAUGCUGAAUCUGGCCUAGUCCUGCAACCCUGCAAGCUGUGAGAGGUGCAGAGAAGUGCGGGGGAGCAGGGUUGGCACUCACACAAAGGCUCUGCUUGCACCACCCCUGAGCGAUGCUCUAGAAAACAGUGGGACCAUGAAGGGCUUAGGAGAUAACAGAAGCCGCCACCUCUCUGAUAACCUGGACUCCCCUCAAGACUCUCUUUAUGCCCCCCAGGACAGGAAUCCAUAUCUCCUCAGCCCCACUGACUCCUUCACCAUGGACCCCCGAUUCCCAGCCCAGAACACCCUCCACGGUGAUUGUCUCCUCCCACUCAACAACCAGAUCUCCAAUAGCAGCACUUUCCCGCGCAUCCAUUACAACUCCCACUUCGAGGUCCCAGAUGAGAACCCUUUUCCAAGCCAUGCCCAAGCCACCAAAAUCAACCGCUUGCCUGCAAACCUCCUUGACCAGUUUGAGAAACAGCUGCCCAUCCACAGAGAUGGCUUCAGCACCCUCCAGUUUCAGAGGAGCGAUGCAAAACACCGGAGUGAAAGCCCUGGGCGGAUCCGGCACCUUGUCCACUCUGUCCAGAAACUAUUUGCCAAGUCCCAGUCUCUGGAGGGCCCCACCAAAGGCAAUGUGAAUGGUAAGAAGGGGGCUGAUGACCCCAAGCAGAACCGAAGGAGCAAGAGCAAAGACCGAGCAAAGACUUCUGAGCCGAAGCGCAGGACCAGAUCCAACAUAUCAGGCUGGUGGAGCUCAGAUGACAACUUAGACAGUGAUACCUGCAGCUACCGCAACCCAAUGGGCCUCAUGACGCUGGGCCGGCAGCCGGACCACAGCCAGCCGAAGUACUUCAUGCAUGCUUACAACACCAUCAGCGAGCACAUGCUGAAAUCCUCCAAGAGCAAUAAUGACCUCAAGGUCACCCCUUGCACCAAUAUCCCCAUUAACAAUGACUCCAACUACAUUAAGAGGGGCUCCUGGUCCACGCUGACGCUCAGCCAUGCUCGGGAAGUGUGCCAGAAGGCCUCAGCCACAAUCGACAAAGCCUUGCUGAAAUCCAAGUCCUGCCAUCAAGACUUGGCCUACCACUACCUGCAGGUGCCUCAGGGGGAGUGGAACAACACGCUGUCUCGGGACAAAGACAGUGAGAUCCCAUGUCGGCGCAUGCGGAGCGGGAGUUACAUCAAAGCCAUGGGGGAUGAUGAUAGUGAAGACUCAGAAACCAGCCCCAAACCAUCCCCAAAAACUGCAGCUCGGAGGCAGAGUUACCUCAAGGCCACCCAACAGUCCCUGAGUGAGCAGAGCACCACCCAAAGGAGCCUGGACCGCCUGGACUCUGUUGAGAUCCUCCUACCUCCAAAGUUCCCAACCUGGGAGGAAGAAUACAACCAGAUCUCUGACAGCGUCAAUGAGUCCAGUUGUAUCAACCAGGUGAGGUGCUAGAGAGUGAAGUCCCACUGUACA